GUUGCGCGCUCCGAGGGGAGGGUCGCCCUAGAGCGAGGAGCGAGGCUCUCUCUCUCUUUCUCUCUCCUCCGCAGGAACAGCGGCGAGCGGCGGCGGCGGCAGAGAGCAGCGGAGUUCUGCCCCCGGAUGCAACCCAGGCUUAGCAGCAUGUUCCAGUGGAAGAAGACCGUCUACAAAAGCGUCCUCCUGUCCUUUGCACUGGUGGUUAUGGUGACCGUGCUGCAAAGAGGCAUAGCGCCUGGUCAGUUCCUUCAAGGCCAGCAACAAAAAGAAGAUAUUUCCCAAGAGCCAGUAAAAGCUCAGAAGAGGGACAGCGUCUUCUCGGUUGCCAACAACUUUUGGAAGAAGAAGGAGGAGGAGGAACCCGUUACCAUUGAAGCAGCAGAGACGCAGGUGACCUCUUGGGACAUCACCACUAUCAACUGCUCGGCCAACCUCAACUUCAGCAAGGACGACUGGUUCAAAGGGCUGGAGCCUAACUUCCGUCAGUUCCUGCUGUACCGACACUGCCGAUAUUUCCCCAUGCUCAUCAACCACCCGGAGAAGUGCAAUGGCGACAUCUACCUGUUGAUUGUGGUGAAGUCUGUUAUCACUCAACACGACCGCAGGGAGGCCAUUAGGAGGACGUGGGGCCAAGAGAAGGAGGUGGAUGGCAAGAAGAUACGGACUCUCUUCCUAUUGGGCAUCGCUUCCAAGGAAGAAGAGAGGGCAAAUUACCAAAAGUUGCUGGAUUACGAGAACCGCAUCUACGGGGACAUCUUGCAGUGGGACUUCUUGGAUAGCUUUUUCAACCUCACCCUCAAGGAGGUGCAUUUCCUCAAGUGGCUUGACAUCUACUGCAACAAUGUCCGGUACAUCUUCAAGGGUGAUGACGAUGUCUUUGUAAGCCCCGACAACAUCAUGGAAUUCCUGCAAGACAAGAAAGAGGGUCAUCCGCCUCUGUUUGUGGGUGAUGUUCUUCUCAAGGCCAAACCCAUCCGCAAGAAGGAGAACAAAUACUACAUUCCCAGUGCCUUAUACAACAAGAACAACUACCCACCCUAUGCUGGUGGCGGUGGCUUCCUCAUGGAUGGCCUGCUGGCCAAAAAGCUCCACAAGGUCUCGGAAACUCUGGAGCUGUAUCCCAUCGAUGAUGUCUUCCUGGGCAUGUGCUUGGAGGUCCUUAAGGUGACACCUGUGGCACAUGCUGGCUUCAAGACAUUUGGCAUUGUGAAAAACAAGAACAGCAAGAUGAACAAGGAGCCGUGCUUCUUCCAAAGCAUGCUGGUGGUUCAUAAACUUCUCCCAUUGGAGCUGCUCCGCAUGUGGGAUUUAGUCCACAGUAACUUAACAUGUUCCAGGAAACUAUAUAUCCUUUAGCUCCAUCUGGAGGGAAAAAACAGUUGGUUUGAGGGAAAGCAUUUGGAUGCUAACAGUUGUGGGUAAACUCCCAGAAUCCUCUGGGGAUUCCUAGAAUCCACUCUUCCAGCGCUGUGAAGGAAAAGAGGGAAAACCAUGUGGGGAGGGGGGAAACUAGGGAAGGAAGGGCCUUGAAAAACUGUUUGUUUGUUUGUUUGAUGUUUUAUUUGUUCCCCCUUUGGUGGGGGGUUUGAGAAGUUUAGAAAAGACUUGACAAAGAUGGCCAGAAGUUGCUAACGGGAGAAACUAUGAAAAGAGAUGGAACCAGGAUGCUCUUGGAGGAGGCCUCCCGAAAAUUUGCCUCCCAGCUUUCUUGGGGUGCAGGAUUCUUCAGUGCAUUGAGAAGAUUGAGCCAAGGUGGAAAUGCCGAUGUGGGGAUUUCCUCCCUUCUUGUGUACUUCUCAACUGAGGGCUGGCCCUAAAGCUAAGACACUUUGAGUGAGUGAGGGAGUGAGUGAGGGAGAGAGAGAGAGAGGUUUAAAGGCAGUCCUGAGUGGAAUGAUUUUUUAAAUCAUUGUACUCGAUGUACAAACACCUCGAUGCCAUUUCCUUUCUGUCCCCCACCCCACCUGACUGUUCUGGAAGGUGUUUUGGGGGGAAGAGAUAUGCUUUCUCAAGGACAGAUUGCCAUCAUCCAUUCCUUUCUAAGAUGGUUCCUGUUUUAUUAAACCUGUGCCAUCUGCAAACUGAGGGCAAGUUUACAUAACCUUUUUUUUUUUUUAAAGGAGAAAUGUUGCCAGGUGAGAAAGUUCUGUAACAUUUCCUGUAGUAACUUAUGCUGCCUCUGGAGUGAAAAAAGGGUGCAGCGGUAGCCACAAUUUCUUUUGCUGGAAGAAAUGAACAAUCCCUUCCUAUCCCUGUGACUUUGUUUCAUUGCACGGGGGUGUAAUUAUAAGUAAUGGCCGAAGAACAGAUUUCUCACCUUGUGGUGUGAUUUCCCUAACAGAAGAACUGUUGUGGAGGGGGGUUCUGUGUUAAAUUGAGAGCAGUUUCAAGAAGACAUGCUCCACCCAUGCCCAAGUUAAGAGUUCCCUAACCCUUUGUGCUUGUCCUAUAAUAAAUGGGCUCUCUCUCAGAA